AUGCUAUCUGUGGGAACAUGUUCCACACGACUGCUCAGAAAGCCUCAGUAUGGUCCGGGUGGGUGUUUAGGGUUACGGCUGGCCACUCUUCCCUUGCUCCCAUACGACCAAGCGUCUCGAAUAGCCUCUGCUGAGGAAGCCCUACUCACCGCCUUCUCGUGGCCGAGGUGUUUUCCCACCAAAACCUCCGAAUUGAUUGAAUUGUUGGAAACUCUUCAACAUUCGGCUGCUUCGGCUGAUGCCGCAACCCGAAGAGCGAUUGCUCAAUUCCCUCCGGAGCUGUCUGAUUCCAAUAAAGCCCUCGAAAUGCUGGAGGAUGGUGAGUGA